CAAUCGUCUUCGUAUUCGUUAACGAACGUAUAAACAAAAUACAAAUCGCGGUCGUUAGUCGUUUCUCGACAUAUUCAUCUUCUAUUUAGUUUUGUGGCGAAUAGGAAUAAGAAUAAUUAGUUAAAAUGGAAGAAGAUACGAAAAAAAUAUCUUUUUCGUUUAAACAAGUGUCCAAACCUAAGGUAAUUCCUGUAACUCCAAAAACAGAGAAAGCGGUUCAGUUUAUUGAAUGCGUUGAAGAGAAAUCAAUCAAAAUUGCUGGAGUAGAGGAAACUGUUGAACAUGAAUUAGUCGUACCUAUGCCGAAGUCAGUCAAACAGCGACUACUGCCUAAGGAAGUGAGAAGCUCAGUACCAAGUCAACCGCAAGAGAACGGGACGGCAACACUGGAAGAAAUGGCUGUACAAGCAAUAUUAAAGGGCUGUAAAAAAAGAGAAGAAGGCGAAGAAGAUGACGAAGAAGAAAAUAAAAAAAUAGUUGAAGUUCCAUUGAUUAUCGAUCCUCAGGAAGGGACAGAGAUGUCUACAGCUGAAGACUAUGAAAAAAUACCUAUCAAUAAAUUUGGAUUGGCUAUGCUUCGUGGUAUGGGUUGGAAACCCACCGAAGGUGUUGGUAAGAAUUCUCAAGUGAUUUCUGCUAGCCUGCCAGAGAUUAGGUCCAAAGGAAUGGGUUUGGGGGCAGAUAAACUAAUCAAAUCUGCACGAAAAACACAAAAUUCCGAAGAAGAACUAAUACUCAAACAAGGAUCUUAUGUACAAUUUAAUUUCGGGAAACUAAAUGGUCAAUAUGGACAAGUUUGUGGUUUUGAUGAAUUGUCUUCAAGAGUAAUUGUAAAAGUUUCUCGCACUGGCGAAUUAGAAAACGUAAGUGAAAAUUUAUUUCAAUUAGUUACUAAAAGCGAAUAUGAAAAAAAUUGUAAUGUAAUUAAUAUAAAACAAUACAAAGAAUAUCAUGAUGGUAAAACUAAAACAAGCGAUAAUGAAGAUCAAAGCUAUCAUCGUGAAAAAAAAACUAAAGAAAACAUUUACAGUGAUCAUCGAUCUAGACACCAUAAAACGAAAAAAAGCAAACAUUCCAAGUCGCCUCAUAGAAAACAUAAAUCUAAUCACAGCAGACAUAAAACAUAUAAACACAAAAGGUCUUCAUCUUAGUAUACAAUUAGAGUUGUAGAUUAAUUGUUUUAUUACUAAUGUUAUUUUAAUUUUUCUUGUAAAAUAAUUUCAAAGACAACUGUUUGUGCAUUUUUACAGUUUUUCAGUUUAGCUGGCAGAUAACAGGCUGUAUGGCUGUUGUUUUGCUGCCACAAAUUAAAUAAUAAUUAUGUCAUUAUUGUUUACGAGUAUUUAAAAAAGUGAGUUAUAAGACAACUAUCAAUUGUAAUUAAAUGAUGUUGAAUGUCAAAUUUUGAUAACUGUUAUAAAUUAAAAUAUUUCAUUGCUGAUCCAUAA